GUUUUCAAGAUUGCAGUUCGAAGAUUGCACGCAUUCAGCACUCUCUACUGCUGGGAUGACAUAUGAUAUAGUAACGAGAUGAAUUCCACUGAGGUAGACAGCAGCAAAGGUCCUCAACAGAGAGGCUCCUGUGUCGGGUCUAACGUCUUCUGCCUAACUGGAGUGUGUUUUGGAUUCCUUUGUCUCCUCCAAAUAUCUCUGAACAUCACUAUGCAUCUUUACUACAUGAAGCAGCAGCACCAAGAACAGAAACAGCUGCUGAUCAACUACACUGAUAUGGCUGCAGAGACCCAUGAGCUUCUCGGAAACUACACAGAUCUUCUUGAAGAGAGAGACCAGCUCCACACCAACAUCACUGACAUCACUGAAGACAGGGACCUAUGCCUGGACAGAUACCGCUCCCUAGCUGCAGAUAAAGCACAGUUAGUGACGCGAUACAAAAACUUGGCUGCUCAAAGAAGUAAUUUAUACCGCAAUCUCCAGCUCGGUGGAUGGAUCCAAUUUCAGUCCAGCUUCUAUUUCUUCUCUACCACAAAACUGAGCUGGCAUGAUAGCCGCACGGCCUGCAGACAGAGAGGUGCAGAUUUGGUGAUGGUCACUAGCAGAGCCGAGCAGGAUUUCCUUUCAAGACAUCUACAAAGGAGUUGGAUGGGCCUGUCAGACAUCGACACUGAGGGAGUGUGGAAGUGGGUAGACGGAACCCAGCUGACCUAUGGAUAUUGGCGCACAGCCACAGGUGAACCUAAUGAUUACUCUGGGGAGGAAGACUGUGCCGAGUAUGAGGACUUUGUAUGGAAUGACAUGCCCUGUCCUACACCACGAGAAUGGACCUGUGAACUCACGGUUUAAUCAAAGCUCAUAAAUGUAUUCAAUGGAAUAUUGCCUGUCUACUAAUCAAAAAGCAACCGAUUUUAUUACCUA